AUGAAGGACCCGGCGCACCGCACGAAGGUGGUGCUCUGGCGGUUGCCGCCCGGCGAUCGCGCAGUGAGCAGCCGUCUGGACCAGGUCGACGCGCAAGACUUAUUUGGCGGUGCUCAAUUUAAAGCUUUCGUGGAAUAUGCACCAUCACAACAGGUUCCCAAGUCAAAUAUCAAGAAGGAUGGCCGUGAAGGAACUUUUAUGAAAGGUCUUAGGCAAUCACUUUUCCUAAUUCUUUGCCCAAUUGUACCGUUCUAUCAUAUUACCAUUUUCCUAAACUUGGAUUUUGUUGUUUUGGAAUUACUAGAUCCAGAGUACUUGGAGUUUCUUGAGCUUAUUUCAAAGCCUACUGAGCAUCUGCCUAGUGCUGAAAUUCAGCUUGAAAGGAAAGAAGCUGAAAGGGCAGGUAGAAUAUGCCGUCAUUACUUUCUAUUCAUAAUACUGCUGGAAAUGAGGCACGGUAGCAAAGGGCAGCUAAGAAUAUGGCUCAGAGACCUGGAAGUAGACUUAGCAGAAAAGUUGCAGCAAUGCAAUGCAAAGGCAAUUGGAUCAGGUUCAGAAGGAGCUGAUAGCUCCUUGCAGGAGAAGUACAACAAGUCAAAUAUGGAAGCUUUGAGGAUAGAACCUAUUGUUGAAGGUGAGACAACAGUGUCUAGUGUGCAGGUUGUGUCCCAGGUGCUCUCCCAGAACAGCUCAAACCUUUUCCUAAAGAGUGUUGGCAUUAAACCAGUGCCAUCCUCUAAAUCAUCAUCAUCAAAUGAAAGCGAGCUUCGGGAGCAACUAGCAGCUGAAGCUACGGCUGCUAUACAAGGUGAAAUCGAUGAACUCAGGAAGAGAAGUGAAGAAGCUGAGGAAAAGCUGGCGAGGACACAAAAGGAGAUGGAGGAGUACAAGAAGCUGAUAGAGAUAAACAACAAGGCAGUGGAGGAGAACAAUGCGCUGCUCAAAGCGUAUCUUGGCCAUCAACAAUGCUUCUUCGACAUGAGCGCUGCUCGUAGCUGUUUGUUCAUUAAGCAAGGGGUCUGCUGGUGA